AUCUCCUUCCUGUGAGACUUGACCGAAAAGCGUAAAGACAACGAAGGUAAGACGCCAUUUCUCACCGGUUUAAUACAUUUGGUUUGAAAUAAUAAUUGAAUCGACGGCACAAAUUAUUAUUAUUUUAUUCCAGUUCAUGAGCGGUUUAUGCUCAACACAAUAUAAUCGGUUCGGUGCCAUAUUCUCCGAUUAUUUUUCGGUCAAAUUCGGCGUAAAUCGUUAGACAUAGGAAAAUGGACGAGACGGACUCGGCAACGAAGGGACUAGUGUUGGACGAGGAGUCCAUAGACGCUGCGGGAGAGCCGGUGGAGGAGGGGGUGGAUUCGGAUACUGAGUCGGAGGCCGAAGUCACCACGAUGACAGUAAUGGGAGAACCGGGGAACAUCGAGAUUGGGACCGAGUCCUUGCCGAACUCUGACGAUGCCGAGACAGCUUUUGCAGAAGUCACAACAGUCACUGUGGGGGAUGUCCAAGCAGCCGAGGACAAUGUGUUCACUGCCACCUCAGCCUCCAUACCAGAGCAUGUUCUUACUGGCAGGACCACCCUACAGAUUGGCGAUGGUCUCAAUCCCCAGAAGGCCACUCUGAUAGUGGUUCACACUGAAGGAAUAGUGGACGCAACAGGACUGAAGAACGCUGCAGCCGCCAUGUCCUCUGCCCCCCAGACUCCCCCCACCCCAAUGAAUCCAGGGCAGGAGAAAGAUGGCUCCAAGUACAACUGGGAUCCAUCUGUGUACAACAACGAGCUGCCAGUGCGCUGCAGGAACACCAGCGGCAUGUUGUACAAGAACAGACUGGGCUCAGGUGGAAAGGGACGCUGCAUCAAGCACAGCAACCACUGGUACACGCCCACUGAGUUUGAGGGCAUGUCUGGCCGGGCGAGCAGCAAGGACUGGAAGAGAAGCAUCCGCUAUGCAGGCCGUCCCCUGCAGUGCCUAAUCCAGGAGCGCAUCCUCAACCCACAUGCCGCGUCCUGUACUUGUGCAGCCUGCUGUGACGACCUCUCGUUGUGUACCAAGGAUAGUCCAUCUUACGCAGGGGAGAACAUUAAUAUGACUGGCCCGGUCAGACUCUUUGUUCCUUACAAGAGACGCAAGAAGGAGAACGAGCAGCCGACCACUCCAGAGAAGAAGGACCUCCCCCUCCCACCGCCCAAGAACAUCACACUGGCACCGGGGGCAACAUUCACAGUGUCUCCGUCAGGCCAGAUCACCACGUCAGGGACCCUGACCUUCGACCGGACGUCUCCCGGGGACGCCACAGCCCUUCUCUCUGAGGGCACGGCACAUGGCGAGGUCUUCACCAGCACAGAAGGUACCUACAUGUUGACAGCGCUACCGGCACUGGCCAUGGCCCCCCAGGCCAAGGUGGAGUCUCCAUCCUCAUCCCCGGGGCUGGUGAAUGGGGGGCUGGAGGUGUCUGGGGUCAGGGAGAGCCAGAGGACAUGGCUUUACCUGGAGGAGACGGCCAACAGCCUGCUGAGCACGGUGCAGCAGCUCAAGGCACUGAUCGACCAGGCCAAGCAGGCCUGCCACUGCCAGGCAGGCCAUGAUGCCUUCAGCCAGGACAAGAUUCACGGCAGCAGGAAGGAGUGUACACUCACCCAGCCCUUCCAGAGUCAGAUAUCAUUCCAGCACCCAGACGACCCAGAGGGGAAGAGAGGCUCAGAAAUUACAGAGAUCAUAAUCAAGCAAAUGUGCGUGAACUGUGGACGGGAGGCCAUGAGCCAAUGCACGGGAUGCCACAAGGUCAACUACUGUUCCACCUUCUGUCAGAGAAAGGACUGGAAGGAGCACCAGCACAACUGCUGCCAGACCAGUGGGGCUGUGGCUGUCCAGGAGGAGGUGCCCAUGUCAACCAUAGACAUGGACAAAGUCAAGGUCUAGCAGGUAUAGACACUGAAAACAGAUUCUGUAAAAACAGCAAAGUCCUCCUUUCAAUACCUUGGAGACUUGAGCAUGGCCUCUCAUUCAGAACUCAGCCAGCUGGAAUUUAAGUGCUGCUGCUGCUCUUUUGAAUACAUCAAAGAUAGUUGCUAGACUUUGUCAUGUCCCUAGAGCAUGCAUUUGAUGAUAGCUGGGAUUUAUUUUACACCAAACAGAGGUUUUGCAGUAUGCUAUUACAUUGUCUCCUGUCUGAAGAAAUAAAUGUGAAGAUUUUGACUCUUGAAAACACAACAUUACGCCCCGGGACCUCUGUCAAUGUGUUUCCUCUAACAAAUGCAGCUCCGAGGCCUGUGUGCUUCAGAUGAUCAAGUAUUUGAAGAGUAGUGAUUGCUUCCCUCAACCCACACUGGUGUCUAGUUAGAUUUGUAAAUGUAUCAAUUACUGAAUGACUGUACGUUUCAAAUGUAGUCCACAGGGUUUAAAAACACAGAAUGCCUGUUGCCGAAAAAAGACUUGCUCUAUCAAUACAUUUAUUUUAUUUAA